AUGGCAAAGGUUGCAGAGCCCGAAGAGGUCGACUAUGCCAUCAAGCCAGAGAAUGUCGCCUCUGUAAUUCCUACCUCUGAGUGGCCUCUGCUGCUCAAAAACUAUGACAAAUUACUCGUGCGAACGGGACAUUUCACACCCAUUCCCUGCGGGUGCACACCUCUGAAGCGCGAUCUGAAAUCCUACAUCUCCUCUGGUGUCAUCAACCUCGACAAGCCUUCCAACCCGUCCAGUCACGAAGUUGUCGCGUGGGUGAAGAGAAUACUCCGAGUAGAAAAGACGGGUCACAGCGGCACACUCGACCCCAAAGUCACCGGUUGUCUCAUUGUCUGCAUAGAUCGAGCAACUCGCCUGGUUAAGUCGCAACAAGGAGCCGGAAAGGAAUACGUGUGCGUUGUCAGACUACACGACAAACUACCCGGCGGAGAGGCGCAAUUUGCACGAGCUCUCGAGACCCUGACUGGUGCCCUCUUCCAACGACCCCCGUUGAUCUCAGCCGUCAAGAGACAGCUCCGUAUUCGAACUAUCCACGAGAGCAAGCUCUACGAGUUCGACAAUGAUCGACACCUGGGCGUGUUCUGGGUGAGCUGCGAAGCAGGAACAUACAUCCGAACACUCUGCGUGCAUCUAGGUUUGCUGCUAGGUGUUGGCGCACAUAUGCAAGAGCUUCGAAGAGUGCGGUCGGGAGCCAUGGCCGAGAGCGACGGCAUGGUCACGCUACAUGACGUGCUUGACGCGCAAUACAUGAUGGACAACAACAGAGACGAAGCGUACCUUCGAAAGGUCAUUUCGCCUCUUGAAAGCCUCCUGACCUCAUACAAGCGUAUCGUUGUCAAGGACAGCGCAGUCAACGCCGUCUGCUAUGGUGCCAAGCUCAUGAUCCCGGGUCUGCUGCGGUUCGAAGCAGGCAUUGAAGUUCACGAGGAAGUGGUCCUGAUGACCACCAAGGGUGAAGCCAUUGCGCUGGGGAUUGCACAAAUGUCCACCGUCGAGCUGUCCACGUGUGACCACGGUGUCGUGGCCAAGGUCAAGAGAUGUAUCAUGGAGCGAGACCUGUACCCUCGAAGAUGGGGUAUGGGACCGGUUGCUCUGGAAAAGAAGAAGAUGAAGUCUGAUGGCAAACUUGACAAAUAUGGCCGUGCCAAUGAAGCCACUCCAGCCAAGUGGGCUGCUGAAUACACCGACUACAACGCGCCAGCCGAUGCAUCUGGCUCCGCCGCUGCGCCGGUGCAGGAGAAGACGUCACAAGCCGACGUCCUUGCUGCUCCACCCGUUGCGCCCAACGGCGCAGACGCAGAGGCGAUGGAUGUUGACGCGACUGCCGCCGCCACGUCAGUCAACGGAGACGCCGCGUCGUUGGGUCCCAAGGAAAAGAAGGAGAAGCGGAAGAAGCACGAUGGUGAAACCCCAGAAGAACGCGCCGAGCGUAAGCGUAGGAAAAAGGAGAAGAAGGAGAAGAAAGAAAAGCGAAAGAGCUCGGCCAGCAAGGCUGACGACAGCGAUGAGAGUGAUUGA